ACACUUGCAUUUAUAAGGUUGUGAAGCUAUGGCCGGCUUGAAGUGUUGUUCAGAUCUUAGCUAGGUUUGGGAUUCAUUCACACAUCAGGAACCUUCAUAUGGCACGUGAUCAAGAAUGGCUUUCUUCUUCCUCUUGAUCGCUCUUCUUUCAACCAUGCUUUGGACCUCCGACGUGUUUGCUUCUAUAAGCUUCACACCACAGUUGGCUGGGUAUAAAGCUACGCGGUCACAUCUGAACGGCUUGAUCUGAGGGACGCGUGUAAUAUCUCACGUACCGAAUCAGAUUCUCAACAGUAAAACCAUUUAAUGUCAUCAUCACUAUCAUUAAUAUUCUCCUCCAUGGUUGUCCACCUAUGGCCGGCUAAUUAACAAGUUUGUGAAGUCUUCACCUUCACCUGAUCCUAAUUCGAUUCAGACUCACAUACAAAUCACUUUCCUUCAUAUAUGUGUGUGUAUAUAUAUAUGGCACCGGAUGAACGAGGGUCUUCUUCUUCUUCUUCGUCUUCGUCUUCGUCUUGCUUCAACCAUGGUUGGACGUACGAUGUUUUUGUGAGCUUCACAGGGGGAGACACGCGGUACAGUUUCACAGGCAACCUCUGUUAUGCUUUGAACCAGAAGGGAAUCCACACCUUCAGAGACGACGUGAAGCUGAGGAAAGGUGAGAGCAUAUCCCGGGAUCUUCUGAGAGCGAUCGAGGAAUCUAGGAUCGCCGUCAUAGUAUUCUCCGAGAACUAUGCGUCGUCAAGCUGGUGCCUGGACGAGCUGGUGAAGAUAAUAGAGUGCAUGAAGGAGAAGGGACAGCUCGUUCGACCAGUGUUUUACAGGGUAAAUCCUUCAGAUGUAAGGCAUCAGAGAGGAAGUUACGGAAGGUCAAUGGCUGAGCAUGAAGCUAAGCUUAAAGAGAAGAGGCUUGAAGAUGACAGAUUCAAUAAUUGGAGACUUGCACUUAAGGAGGCUGCCAACUUGUCUGGAUGGCAUUUCACAACUGGGUAUGAGUUUGAGUUUAUUCAGAAAAUAGUGGAAGAGAUCUCAAGCAAAUUAAAUUACUCAUCUUUACACAUCGCUGAUUAUCCAGUUGGAUUAAAAUACCGAAUGCUUCAAGUGAUUUCAUUUUUAAGCAUGAACUCUAGAAAAGAUGCCUUGAUGGUGGGAAUCCAUGGGAUUGGCGGUAUUGGUAAAACAACGAUCGUAAAAGCAGUCUAUAACUCAAUUGCGAAUCAAUUCGAAGCUUCUUGUUUUCUUGCUGAGGUAAGAGAAAACUCAAUCAAGAACGGUCUUGUACAUCUGCAAGAGACACUUUUCUCAGAUUUGCUUGCAGAACAUAAUACCAAGUUAGGUGAUGUAAGCCAUGGGAUUCCUAUAUUACAACAUCGACUUCGUCGUAAGAAGGUUCUUUUGGUUCUUGACGAUGUUGAUAACCUUAAACAAGUGAGAUCUUUGGCUGGAAGCCAAGACUGGUUUGGUCCUGGAAGUAGGGUUAUUAUAACAACAAGAAACAAGCAUUUGUUAACCCUACAUGGGAUUGAAAGGCUAUGUGAAGUGAAAGAACUGAAUGAUGAUGAAGCUCUUGAACUGUUCAGUUGGAAUGCUUUUAAAAGAAGUGAACCAGAUCCAAGCUAUAUGAAGAUAGCAAAGCUUGUAGUGCAAUAUGCGAAAGGCUUGCCAUUGGCUUUGAAUGUGAUAGGUUCUGAUUUGUUUGGGAAAACAAUACAAGAGUGGGAAAGUGCUUUAAAGAAGUACGAAAGGAUUCCAAGCAAAGACAUUAUUGAAGUGCUUAAAGUGAGCUAUGAUAAUUUGGAUGACAAUGAGAAGGAGAUUUUCCUUGACAUUGCAUGUUUCUUCAAAGGAAAUUUGGUGGAAGAUGUGAAGACGACACUUGAUGCCUCUCGUUUUUAUUCAGAAUAUGGUAUUGCAGUUCUUAAAGACAAGUCUCUUUUAACCAUAGAUGAAACUAGUAGGGUGAAGAUGCAUGAUUUGAUUCAAGACCUGGGAAGGGACAUUGCUAGACAGGAUUCGCCACAUGAUCCUGGGAAACGUAGAAGAUUGUGGCAUCAUGAGGAUGUCCUUGAAGUUCUAACCAAAAACAUAGGAAGUGAUAUUAUAGAAGGCAUAGUGUUGGACAUGCCUAACCUGGAACAAGAAGUGAAGCUGAGUGCUGAUGCCUUCAAGAUAAUGAAGAGACUUAGAGUCCUCAUAGUUCGGAAUGCACGUGUUUCUGAAGCUCCUAAACAUCUUCCAGACAACUUGAGAUUGCUUGAGUGGAAUCAAUAUCCUUCACCAUCUUUACCAAAUGAUUUUUAUCCACGCACACUUGUUGUCCUCAACAUGCCACAUAGUCUUCUUGCACCUGACCAGCCAUUCAAGAAGUUUGAGAACUUGGCUUUCAUGAACCUCAGUAACAACAAUUCUAUAACAAGAAUACCUGAUGUCUCUACAGUUCCUAAUCUAACAAGACUUCUUGCUAACCACUGUCCAAACUUGGUUGAAAUUGAUGAAUCUGCUGGAAAUCUUGGCAAGCUUGUCACGUUGAGCACCCAAAAUUGCCCUAAACUUCAGAGUAUUCCACGUGUCAUGAGAUCUAGAUCUCUUGAAUAUGUAAAUCUCAGCAAGUGCUCUAGCAUUCAGAGUUUCCCAAAUAUGUUGGCAAAAUUGGAAAACGUGAAAAAUAUUGACACGGAAGGAACUGCAAUAAAAAAAUUUCCCAGUUCAAUCACAAACAUUGAUGGACUUGAGGAGCUAGUUUUGCCUUCUUGUAUUGAAGAUCUGCCUAUUAACACUGAUGUGUUUCAAAAUACUGAAGAGAUUAACGUGGAAGGAUGUCCACAGCUUUCAAAGCUUCUGGAGAAGGUAUCAAUGGUGGAUCGGACAAACUGGACACCAAAGUUAAACAGACUGGUUCUAAAAAGCUGUAAUCUGUCCGAUGAUGAUCUUGAGUUGAUUUUGAGUUCCUUUCUGAAAUUGAAGUGGUUGGUGCUAUCAAAAAACAACUUUGUAAGCAUUCCUGAGUGCAUUGAAGACCUUCAGGACCUUCUUUUCCUUCAUGUGGAUAAUUGCAGGCAGCUUAGACACGUUUCUGUGCUUCCACCAUACUUGCAAUACAUUGAUGCCAGGAACUGCACAUCAUUGACUCCAGAUUCAUUUGACGUAAUACUGAGUCAGGCAUUUCUAGAUGUGGAGAACAUAGACAUUGUUGUCUCAAGGCAGAAAAUUCCAAGAUGGUUCGACCAUUGUAGAAAAGGAGGAUCUGUGGCUUUCUGGGUUCGUCGGAAAUUUCCUAAAAUUGCUGUACUUUUGGUUCUAGGUGGUGAAACUGAAGCAUCAUGCAUCAACUUUACAUGCGAAUUCAGCUUGAUCAUCAAUGGCCUCCAAGUGUACCAAGAUGAAGGAACGUUGCCAAUUGACCAUGUAUGGCUGUUUGACCUGCGAAUUCACUUGACAGCCCAGGAGAGGCUCAACCUCAACGAACAUCUUCGUAAAGGUUGGAACCAUGUGGAGAUUUCAUGUACUGUCAAGAACAAUCAGCCACGCAAUGCCGUUGUUAAGUGCUGUGGGAUUCAUCUCUAUAAGGAUAGAAUGAACAUCCAUGACGUCUCCUUCAAAAACCCAGAGGAUGAGGAUUCUGACAUUGCUCAUAAAGAUAUGGUAAAUUCUGAUGCGGAUAUUUAUGAUGAAGAAAACAGAGAUGUUGUUUUCCGUCAAGUAUUAGGUAAAUUUUUUGGCAAGGGGAUUAUAAAUCUUAUGGAAGCUCUUCGAUCUAGUAGAACAAGAGAUGAUGAGGAUGAGGCUGAGGAAGAACAACAUAUGACUGACAUCGUCGACAAUGAAUUCCCAGAAAUAUGUGAGGUUGUGGUUAAGGACAAAGGGAAAGGUAAAGUGGCAUGCAGUGACAACCCUGAGGAGGAACAACAUGGGGAUUUUACAAUUGAUAGUGAAACUUGGGAUUUGAUGAAGUUGGAGAGUUUGAAAGGUGAAAGCAGUAAACAAGGUGCCCAAGUGAGCAAAUUACUUCUGGGUCCUUCAACAGAACUAGAACCCUCUGCUUCAAGCAUCCAAUACAAAGAACCUUUUUUAAUUGGAAAAACCAAACUUGUGCGGGGGUCAACUUCCUUUGCUUUUGCAAGCACUAACAAGGGAAUACCAGACAAUGUUUCAACCAACUUUAAGGUCCCAGAAGUUAUUAGUACAAUGACCAACCUAGAAGCAGAGGAAUCUAACAUCCAGAUUCCACAACCUAGAGCUAUUCAAAAAUUGGAAACAAAUGACAUUGAAGGUCCUCUGAUUUCGAUGGAAGUAUUCUAUGCUUCUCUUGAAGCAGAGAAUGUAACUCUUUCAGAUCGCGAAGAUACCCAAAUCAACACAACGUCAUAUGAAGAAACAAAACAUGCAUUGCAAAUUGUACGAGGCUUUGUCUCAGAAAAGUUCUCUCAUUUGUUACAACCUGAACAGUCCAAGCAAAUGAAGGACAACCUUGAGUACCUCCUCAGUUUGACCCCAAGAGAUGGAAUUUCGUUGAGGAUGAGAUCAGUGAUAAGUCAAAUUUCAAGUAGUUUUACUGAGUGGUGUACGGAUUAUCACAAUGCAAGUUUUAAACUGGAAUCUGCAACUGCAGAAGUAUCAAAAGUUGAAGAACUGAAAGAAGGGGUUGAAGGUAAUGUGAGAGAAUUCCGAGAACUUGAGGAAUUAGAGAACGGAAUGUGGAGACAGUUGGAAGAUUUGGAAGAAAAGAAGAGAGAACUAGAGAAGAAAAUCAACGCAGUGAAAGCUGAGAUUGCAGAUUUCACUUCAGCCAGAGAGGAUUUUGCUAAGAGAAAAAGGGAAGUCUGUGAGAAUGGAAGAGUGCUUAAAGCUCGAAGGGAUGAUUUGAGGAUCAGAUUGCCACGGUUGAUAUCUGAAGAGGAAUGGGCCAAGAUAAUGCAAGCUAAUAUUGAAGAUGAAUGGUCAAAACUUGGACAACAAUUUAUUGAAAACUUAACUUUUGGAGAUUGGGCUAGGUGCACAUCUUGUGCCAUGUCUCUGUAUACAGACAAUUUGACAUCGUUUCAGCUGAUUCUUGCUUGAGGUCAUUUAUGGUGUUCAUAUGCAACUUCCCGGAAAGCCUACCGAGUAGUUGAAGAUCAAGGUCUUUCUCCUUCUGCACUACAGGAAAAUUUAAAUCUGACCGUUAGCCCUGCUUUCUUAAGAAGAUUAUAUGCAAAUAGCCAAGUAGGUAUGGUAAAUAGAAAUGAAAGUAUUAAACAUUUCUUUUUUUUUGCCUUUUUUCUUUUUCCUUGUGAGAAUGAGAGGUCAAUGGGUCAACGAUGGUAAAGUGGAGUCCUUAAUUACUGGGAAGAAUUAAUCAUAGAUAGCGUCUUCCAGCCAAAAAUAAAAAAAUUGGACACAUGGGUGCUUUUCAUUGGAAAGGAAACUCCUCACAAUGCCACGACGAGUGAAAGCAAACCGCAAAAGCAAAUUAAGAGAAUGCGUGAUAGUCCCACAUUAUGUGACGAGAGAAUUAAUCCCAAUUAUAUAAGUAUAUGGUGAGUCC